AUGGACGUGCAGGACGAUACAGUUUUGGACGUCGAUUUGCUAGCUGACGAUGGAUCUGAAGAAGAAGGCGAAGCCCCGCCGUCGUCAGAUUUCUACACAGGGCCAGGGUCAACACCAACUUCAUGUGCAUCAUCGCCGCGGGGUGAGGAACCUGCUUCUCCCCACGGUGGUGUAUCACAGCCUGCGUUUUUCCACCAUCAAACCUAUACCCGGCCAUUCUUCUCAUCUGGCCGUAGGGGACCAGGACGACCACGGAAGGAGGGGCCAAAACUGGUACGAGAAGGAAAGAUAGUCAGAAGGUACAGAGGAGGCAAUGCUGGUUCUGUCAGAGGAGCUAAGAGACACAGAGGGAGCCGAGAUGAUUCUCUUGAAGAUAUGAUGGAUGAUGAUGACUUCCCCACACCACCUAUACCUGAAGAACCACCUUACAUGCCAGAGAAGUGGCCAGGAAAACUAUGCGCACUUUGCAACCUGAGUGAGCGUAGUCAGUUGGGGCAGGGUGAGAUGCGACAGAUAAUGUGUAAGCUCGGAGAGGGUGAUGGAAGUAGCACUCCGGCAAUAUGUAAUUCUGGUGGAGCCACUCCCACCAACCCUCCCACACCAUCCAGUACCCCCAGCACCCCCGUGACGCCCGGCCUGGUUUCACCGCCGCCAGAACUUGUGGAUCCCAAUCAGCACCCACUUGCGAUGCCUUUGAGUAGACGUCAAAAAGCAUUUAACAAGUGCAAGACUCCUUUGUACAACAUGGAACAUACUGAUGAAUUGUCCAUUAUUGGUUACACGGAGGUUAUGGAAUUAUCAGGGGUAGUUUCAUCUGGAGCGCUGUAUGUACACCGGUGUUGCCUUGAGUUUAGCCCACCAUUCCAGGAUCAUGUGUUUGCAGCCUCCAAUUCUGAAGAAGACAAAGAUCAGUUAGAGGAAGCCAGGGUCAAGGGGAUUGUGACAGCUGCCCUGUCAAGGAAAUGUGCCUUUUGCAGCAGACAUGGAGCAAGCAUACCUUGUAAAAUGAGUUGCAGCAAAUAUUUUCAUCUACCAUGUGUGCUUGCUUCCGGAGGAUUCAUUGACUUCCAGACCAAAUCCUCCUUUUGCAAGGACCAUCUUUAUCAAGUGCCUCUUAUUUGUACAGCAGAUAUAGACUGUAGGACUUGUAGAACUAUCGGUGAUAUCGCUAACUUGAUGACGUGCGUCACUUGCGGCGCUCACUACCACGGCACAUGCGUUGGACUCGCGCAGCUGCCAGGUGUCCGGUCUGGUUGGUCGUGUCGGUCGUGUCGCGUGUGCCAGGUAUGUCGCGGCGAGGCAGGCGCGGGGCUGCAGCCGCCCGGCCACGAGGCGCGCGCUGUCACCUGCGAGCAUUGCGACAAGCUCUACCACGCCACCUGUCUCCGCCCUGUCAUGGCCACCGUGCCUAAGUACGGGUGGAAAUGUAAGUGCUGCCGGGUAUGCUCUGACUGCGGGUCCCGGUCACCGGGCGCGGGCCCGUCGUCCCGCUGGCACGCGCACUACACGGUGUGCGACUCGUGCUACCAGCAGCGCAACAAGGGCUCGUGUUGCCCGCUGUGUCGCCGCGCAUACCGCGCCGCCGCCUACCGGGACAUGAUACGCUGCAUACUCUGCAAGAGAUACGUACACGGAAUGUGUGACCCCGACGCGGAACCACAACAGUAUCGACAAAAGAAAGAACAAAAUCCAUCGUACGAGUACAGCUGUCCUAUUUGCAAAGCUCAGAUGCAACUGACUGGCUCCAAGACAGCACCUUUCGACGAUGAUACUGUUGCGUCAACGUCCCAAGACUCGUCAUUCGGCGAUGAGAACUCUCAGACUGAGCAAGAUCCUCUUGCUAUAGAACCUAAGCCUGAUGUUGGUCUUGGGAAAGGUAAACCAUUCACAGUCUCAGCAAAAGUGGCAAAGAAGAAGAUCGGUGGUUACAAACUGAAGGGGGGUUUCCCUCCUGCGGGAAAACUAGGCUUCCAGAAGCGUCAAAGAUCUGUUCUAGACUUUGGCAGGAAGAGGGGAUCUAAACCAAAGAUGAGAGGAGUGUUUGGAGUGCCAGGACUCGGGCUGCAGAGACCUCAAGCCCCUGAUAACAAGGCACCUGAAGAUGAUCCUGGUGUGGAAAAUAAAUUAGUGCUAUGUUCAAGCAAAGACAAGUUCGUCCUAACUCAAGAUUUGUGUGUAAUGUGCGGUGCAAUUGGUACUGAUUCUGAGGGAUGCUUAAUUGCAUGCGCACAGUGCGGACAAACGUACCAUCCGUAUUGCGUCAAUAUUAAGGUGUCGGCGGAGAUAGUGCGCGCGGGGUGGCGCUGCCUGGACUGCACGGUGUGCGAGGGGUGCGGCGCGCGCGGCGACGACCCGCUGCUGCUGCUGUGCGACGACUGCGACACCACGUGGCACACGUACUGCGCGCGCCCGCCGCUGGCCGACGUGCCGCGCGGGCCGUGGCGCUGCGAGCGCUGCCGCCGCUGUCGCGUCUGCGGCACGCGCUCCACGCCCGCCUGGUGCGACAACUACACAGAGUGUGCUCCGUGUGCGUCGUUGGUGAUGUGUAGCGUGUGCUCGGAGCCGUACUCGGACGGGGAGCUCAUCAUACAGUGCGAGGGCUGUCGGCGGUGGCUGCAUGCGUCCUGCGACUCGAUACGGAAUGAAAAUGAUGCUGAAGUUUGCUGUCGAGCCGGGUACAAGUGCGUGGGCUGCCGCGGGCGCGAGGUGCCGCCGGCGCACGUGGUGCGCGCGGUGGCGCGGCCGGCGGCGCGGCCGACGCCGCAGUCGCUGGGGCUGGCGGGCGAGUACUACGUGGACGACGUGUGCCUGUCGCAGCGCGGCGCGCACCACAUGAAGCAGCUGGAGGCCGACCUGGGCAUCACGCACACGCGCCGCAAGCGCCGGUUCAAGAACGACAACACCGAGAAAGACGCAGUGGUUCAGAACGCAGACGUCGAGAUGGGCGACGACUCCAAGCCUGACAGCACCGCUGAAGUCAAGGACGAACCUGGUGUACCCAACACGAAUUUCAAAGAAGGCAUACUAUGGAACGUUGCCAAUGACGGCCCGCCUCCCGAGGGCUUUACCAUCUAUACUACGGACUCUGGUCUCACAGUACUGCGGAGAAAGAGACAGAGGAACCUGAACAAGCUCGGGAUUGGUGGGUUUGUUGUUAGACAGAGACAAACUACUGCCAAGGCGCAGGCUGAUGAGGAGAAGGAUGGAGAUGGAACACAAGCAUCUGGAGAAUCUCCCAGUAACAAACGCAAACCUCGUCGGAAGCCACGCUCCAAGCUCAUGGAGCAGUUCCCAUCUUAUAUGCAAGAAGCUUUCUUUGGCAAAGAUUUGCUGGAGCCAACCAAAGCAGCUGUUUCAUCUACCGCCGGGAACCCCGCGUCGAGCCCGGCGGCGCGGUCCCCGGAGCCGAGCUGGGCGCGCUGGGAGCUGGACAACUCCGACAGCGACGGCGAGGACGUGCUGCACGCGCUGCACUCGUACUCCGACCACCACUGCUCCGUGCUCAUCUCGCUCAACACGGAUGAAGUAGAAAUACUAAACUCGUUGAAGCCAAAAGAUGAGAAGGAUGACGUUUCCAACACGACUAAUUCAGAUGGCACGUUGAAGAUCAAGACUGAGUUAGACGAAUGUCAGUUGAAACAUACUGAAGACUCCACUGCCCUGAAGAAUGCGAUACUGGGUCCACAACCGGCUGAAGCUGAGCAGCCGCCCACUGUCGCCACUGAGAGCAUACCUACUGUACACAGUACUAAAACUGAGGCCAUCAGCGAAACCGGUGGAUCAUCUCAAGCAUCAACAAUAUCUCCAAAGGACGACUUGUCUCUCCUCGGAGUGAAUCUGGACGCCAUGGUGAGGGACGGCCUCCCUGACAUGGACAGCAAUGAUGUCGAUGAAAUAUUCAAGGGAGUGCUCACUGAUGACUCACAGGAAUCGCAAGAGUCGUCCGUUUCGUAUGUAAACUCUAUGGCAAGUACACCAUACUCACAACAACGACAACAGCUGCAAAGCCCCAUGGAGUAUACCUCGCCUUACCCGGAGUUUGGAGGCAGCAGCAGUAACAGCGCGAUGAGCCCGCUGUUCUCUGAGAGCGGUAGUGGCGGCGCGACCUGGCCCGACCCUGCGCAGGCGCCGCCACCUUCAUACAACCAACGCAGUGCUGACAAGAUGCGGGCUGACGAGAGUCUAGGGUCAGCUGCAACAAUAUCUGCCGUACUAUACGCCAAUACAAACCAUCCGGAGUGGAAGACAGAGUUCCCCAACUGGGUGGACCGUUGUAAACAGAUACUGAAGAAAUGGCGCGCCUUACCAUCCGACCAGAAGGCUCCAUACUUACAGCGCGCCCGCGACAACCGCAGCGCUAUCCGUAUGAAGAAGGCUCAGCAGGAGCAGGAGCGGGCGUGCAGCCAGCAGCGCAGCGCGCGCGAGGCCGAGCAGGAGCGACAGUGGAAGCAUCUGCAGCAACAGCGACAGCAACAGACGCAGCAGCAGCAACAGAUCAUACACGACCAGCGCAUGCAAGCAGCCAUGCAGCGGUUACGUGCCCCGGACGGCAGCUCCCCCCCUGGCGCGGGAGCCCCGACGCCUGCGCCCCCCGCGCCGCCGGCGGAGGCGCCGCGCAGUGCAUUCCCUGCACAGCGCUUCCAACACUACGGGAACAAUGACGACAUCAACCGCCAGCUCAGGGACUUAUUGCAGAGACAUCCCGAGAAAAUGUGGCCUGGACAACAUGAGAGCGCGUCCCCAGCGCCGGGUGUAGGCGAGGGCCAGCCCUUCCGCCAGCCCCUGCCGGUCACGCUGCGUGCGAGGGCGCCGCUCAUGCACCCAGCACGACCCGACCAUCACUUGAUAAUGCAGCAGCGCUUGAUAUCGGCAGACAACAGUCAGUUGCAGCAAGCGGUUCAGAGUCCCGCACCACAACAGAUGGUGGAACAAAAACAAAAUGUCGUGCAAAAUAAUGCUCCUAACAAUGAAAAUAAGCAGGAGUCCAACCAGGAGCAAGGGACCGAUGAGAUGGAUAUGGGAGACAUGGACAAACUUGAACAAGAUGGUGCUAAUAUCGGAGAGGUGGGUGACAUCUUAACCGGUCUAGGCGGUGAGGAUGACGAGGAAUUAUUUGAGACGCUCACAGCGGAGAUAGGAGAGCAGUUCAACAUCCUGGAGUAUGCCGACCCUGAACUGGCAGCACUCAAUGAUGCAGAACAUAUACUGGACGGAUUAGAGCUCGCUGACGACGGGAUGCCUGAGCGACAUGCCAAGAGGGAGCCAGAAGAUGAACAGGAGCAUGCUCAAGAGAACAAGAACAUGUACAAUGACUUACAAAAAGCCGUGAAGAAUAUUGAAUGUAAGCCUGAAGUUAAGGCAGAGAUGGAGGAUGUGAAACCCGACGUUAAGUUGGAAGCUCCAGCCACCCCUGCACCACAACAGAUGUACAACGAUCCAGUACAGAGAGUUAUAUCGCAGAAUCAACAAAUUGCAUUGCAGAAUGCUAUGCAGGCCAUCAAAUCUGAAGUGAAACUAGAGAGUGAUGACAAGCCACAGCGGCCAGUGUUCACACAGAUGUUCAGUAACGCACCGCAACGGUUGCAGUUACAGCAACAUCAGCAGGGUGCGCGGGGUCCACAGUUCGGUCCCGGGCAGGUGAUGGGCCAGCAAGUGGUACAACGGCCACAGGUGCAGUUCACUCCUUCGCAACACAUGCACUAUGCGCAGGGUGGCAGUGCGGCGGGCAUCCCCGCGAGUGCGGCCAGUAUAGUGAGCGCGAUGACGGCGCAGGUCAACGCCGCGCUGGCGGCCGGCCGCAGCAUCGCCGCCGGCACCCGGCUCGUCGCCGCGGACGGCUCCGUCGGCGUCGUCAGGCCUGACCGGACUGUCGCACUCGCGCAUCUACCAUACGCCGCCACAGUAUCGGGCGGACAAGUGGGGCAAGUGGGCCAAGUAGGCCAGGUUGGCCAGGUGGGUCAACCGGGUCAGGUGGGGUCCGUGGGCCAGCCGGCCCCGGGCGGGGCCCGUCCGCCGCCGCCGCCCCCGUACCCGGGCACCCUGCGCCAGCCCCAGCCGCCGCCGCCCCCCUACCCACAGAACGUAAACCAGGAGCAACCGUUGCUUCUCGAGGAGCUCCUGGAGCAGGAGAAGCGCGAGCAGGAGCGCGAGGGAGGAGAGUGGGCGGGGCCGGGCGCCGCGCCGCCCCCCGCGCCCCCGCCGGCCGCGGCGCCGCCCGCCAUCCCGCUGUACGCGGGCGUGGCGCCGGCCGCGCCGCCCGCCCCGCCCGAGCGCGCGGCCAGCGAGGCGGACCACCACGCGCGCCUGCUGUACGAGCAGUGGCUCAAGCAGUACAACGCCUUCGCCGCCGACCAGCAGCGCUACUACGAGGUCGAGGUUCAGAAGCUUCGCAAGAUCCGCAAGUCGCUGAAUAGUAAGCAGAGACAGUUGCGUAAGUCGGGCAACGAACUGCUGCCUAACGACGCAGCCGAGCUGCAGCGCGUGUCCACUGAACAACAGGCGUUACAGAAGCAUCUCGAAGCAGCACGCAAACAAGCACGUCAGCAUAGCAUGCUUAUUCAGGAAUAUGAGACGAAACAGCGACAACAAAAUCCCCAGCUCGCUCAGCAAUCUGUGAUAAACCAGCAGCAGCAGAUCACAUCGAGUCAAACGGUAUUCGCUCAGAAUCAGAACAUUAGCCAGGGCCAGCAGGUGCAGCAGCAGAGCACUAUCAAUCGACCGAUGCAGCUGGGGCUGCAGGGGGCUGCCAUACAGCAACAACAGACACUCAUUCGCACUCAACAAACUGUCAUCGGCGCUGAUGGGCAACCGAUAUCCCAGCAGAGGAUCGGUCUGGUGACGUCACCGCUCAACACACAAGGAAGGCUGGUCACCCAGGGCGGGCGCACGCUAGUCAUCGAGCAGUCCGGCGGGCCCCAGCCACAGCUCGUGCGCCAGCUGUCCGGCGCCGGCCAGGACCGCGCGCAGCCCAUGGGGCAGUUCGCGGGCCGGGGCGCCGGGGGCGCGCGCCAACCGGGGGCGCGGCCGGCCAUGUCGCCGCUACACGUGCAGUCCCCGCUGGCGCCGCAGUCGCCGCUGCACCAGCUGACGUCGCCCAUGCAGUCGCCGCUACACUCCCAGCAGUCGCCGCUGCAUCACACGUCGCAGUCCCCGUUGCACCCGUCCACGCAAUCCCCACUGCACACCCAGCAGUCACCGCUGCACUCCCAGCAGUCCCCCAUGCACGUGCAGCAGGGUGGCAUGGCGCAGCAAUCGGUGCAGCAGUCGCCGAUGCAUCAGUCCCCCAUGCACCCGCAGCAGUCUCCCUUGCAUCAGCAGUCUCCGAUGCACCCGCAACAGUCGCCGAUGCACCAACAGUCGCCGAUGCACGUACAACAGACUCAAAUGUCGCAACACUCCCCGAUGCCCCAACAGUCGCCGAUGCACUCGCAACAAUCUCCGAUGCAUAUGCAACAGUCGCCGAUGCACACGCAACAAUCCCCCAUGCAUACGUCGAUGUCGCCGCAACACUUCCUGCAACAGUUGCAAGCUCAGAGGACCAGCCCGCAACUACCGACACCUAGUCGGAGCCCUCAAAUAUACCAACAAUCACAAAUUCAGAGUCCAGUCGCGUCUCAUUCACCACAAAUGCAAAAUGUUGAUUACGCAACUGGUCGGUUCUCACGACCAGCGCCUGGAUGCUCGCCUUUACCGACGCGGUUUGCUAGACCACCACAUCAUCAGCAAGGUAUUAGAGUGGGCGGACCGUAUGGAGGUCGCCAACAAACGUCACCGCUCGGCAGCCCACAGCCGCUUCCAUCUCCAGGGAAUCCUGCCAAUGAGAUGGCGCGACAACAGAUGCUGCAGCGGCAGCAGUACAGUCCUAUGGGGGGCGCGCCCGCCUCCCCCUCCGUGGCGCGCUCCCCCCACGUGGCGCGCACGCCCACCCCCUCCCCCGCCGCGUCCCCCGCGCCGCACUCGCUCAUGGAGCAUGGCGGCGGCCUGCACGGGGGACACGGCGCCGCACCUCUGCCGCCCGGUUACCGUUACACGCGCGCCGGGUUGCGGGGCGGCGCGCCCGGCCCCGGCUGGCCGCCGCGCCCUGCGCACGUGACCAAGGUGUCCAUCCUCAAGCGCCGCACGCCGCCGCGCCCGCGCGCCGCUCCCCAGCACGACGCCGAGCCCGCGCCCUCUGACGCGCGCGGAUAUGUCGUGUACGCGCCCGACGCGCGAGACGCGGAUGACGUGGAGGACCUGGUGGAGCACUUGGACGACGACGACAUCGUGCUGGUCGAGCCCGACGCCGUCUCCCCCGAGGAGCGCAUCGCCACUGAGGAGGACUUCGAGGAGCUCAUCGACAGCGGCAAGCCGGACGACGAGGUCGAGGAGGAGGCCGAGCGCGCCCCCACCCGCACCGAGACCACCACCAAGACCGUGGCCGUCAUCAGCCUGUCCACGGGCAAGCAGCCCGCCAGCGUGCAGCAGUACAAGAUCCUCAGCCCGAGCGGCGGCCCGCGCGCUCGCCUGCCGCUACUCAGCGCCAGUAUGCUAUCGCCGCACUCCAAUACCAAGAUCCUGGACGAGGUGUCGCAGGCCACGGUGGCCUCUGUCUCGAUAGCUAACCAAACUAUCUCAGUACCGGUACUGAAGAAUCUAUCGGUACCGAUCGCUAGUGUGGCUAGCCACGUGGCUGGAGUCUCCAAGUCACAGAUCAAGAAGGUGCCGCUGAACUUGGCCACGCCACCUCUCACGAUCAACAUGUCGACGCCGUCGCUCUCCAAACCAAUUAGUUCUGUUAUAAGUGUGAUAUCAUCGAACAUGCCGAAAGCUACCAAUCCACCGCGCGUGCCUGUCUCUAUACUGACUCAACAUCAAGUGAAACAAAAAAUUGUAAAAACUAUAGAAAAGCCGAUGAUGCUCGCACUUUCUAAUUCAAAACUAUCCAGUUUGUCCGUGACGCACGACGCAACACUACCAGCAAAAAUAUUCCAAGACGAUGCCGCCUCGCCUGAUAGCACUGUCUCGUCUGAACAUAACCCAGACAAGGAUCUGAACUUAAACCCCAUGUCAUCGACAUCUCAACAGCUGCCAACAAUGUGUUCUCAGGGCACAUCACAAAUGGACCACCGACCUGGAAUAUUUAAGGAACCUACAAAAGACAUCGACAUCGAAAGUGAGAUCAGCCAGCAAACUGAACUCCCGCACACUUUAUGCCUCAGCGACCGCACUCCAUUACUUUUGGGGAAAGCAGACAUAAAGAGUCCAGAUCCUAUACCUGAGAAAAUACCUGACAAUAUAAUGGAGGGAGAUGACGAGGACAAACCAGAAGACGACUUACAGAGCAAUUUACUACUGUCUUAUAGUAAGAGUAUCUCAGAACCGCCGCCACAGCCGACCAUACCGGACACCAAAAUGGAAGAGAAUGUUGUAAAGACAAUAAAGGCGAUCGCUAAUCAAACAAAAGAAAUGGUAAUAGAUUCAAAUAUGCAGAUUACUUCGGACAUGGCGCAGGAUUCUGUGCAAAUAUCGAUUCCGUCGCCCACUCCAUCUCAAGAAAGGUACUUGAAUGACAUCACAAUGCAGGACCACCACGAGACUGCGGAGAGCAACAAGCACGUUGAUUCUUUCGAGGACAUGCUCUGCAUACUGGAGAACAUCGGCGACGACGCUAAGACGUAUGGUAUGAAGCAGCCAAACCCGAAACCUAUAAACCCUAAUAUUCAAAAUCCAAAUGUAAAUACUCCCAAACAAGAUCCGAAAGAGAAUCAAGAACAGAGUGCUUUUGUAAAGCGCGAGCCAGAGAGACUAGCGCUGCAGUCGGCAAGCGUGCCGCAGCUGUCCCCGCUGUCGCAGCCCGCCGAGCUGACGUCCACCAUGGCCAACGUGUCGCAGCAGUUGCGGACCAUCAUGUCCUCGCUCAACACUAACGCGCCCAAGGACACGCAGCCUGUCCUUCGCAAGAACAGUGACGCGACCACACCCACACAAGUCAACUUUGAAAAUUUAUUGCCUUCUUCCAAAGUGGAAGUGGCUGCGUCGCGACCCUCGCCUAUUCAGAGGAUCGACAAGCCUACCUCAACAAUCUCAGCGUCUGAUAGCUUGCCCAUGAGUGCUGCUCAGGCUAUUGGCUCCAGGGUCAACACACUCUCGUCGAUGGGACAAAUGAGAAAAUCCCCUACCGUGUCCCCCAUCAGUUCUCCUGGAGGCCUACAGAGCUCUAUGAUGAAAUCACCUGCUCCUAUGAUGUCGAACCCAUCAUUCUCUCCCAUGGAUGAAUCUGGACCGACAUCAGUCGCCUCUCAAAUCAUUCAAAUGCCAGCUCUCUCGAAGAUACAUAGUUCUACCGCACCACCUACUAUCAUGCACUCGAAUAACACUAUCACUACUAGCAUGAGCAGCUACCAGAAGAACCAGUCACUACAGACUAGCAUACUAGGCCAUACGUUACUACAACCAACUAGACAAAUAAAUACAAGUAACUUAUCAUUUAACCAACAGAGUAUUAGUACUAGUCAGCCGCCAGCUUUAGUCAUGACAUCUAGACCAAUGAUAGGUAACAAAGAACCCGCGCCGAAUGUGACAGUGCGCACCCAUAGCAUUGUGAGCUCGGGAAUAAACCAAAUACAAGCUAAACCAGCUCCACCGGGUUCCAUUAAUUUUAUUACUUCAUCCAAACUUCUCCAUACGCAACUGACCUCGCCUUUAAAACGCUCUAAAUCGACCGAUGAACCGAAAAGUGAAGUUAUUGUGGGCCACAUACAACCAACGAAACGACACAGUGUGGAGGCCGUCGUUGUAAAAUCGGAACCUAUGGAGACAGACGAGCCGCAUACAGCGACAACUACCACUACCGACGCGGGUAGCAAGCACACCAAUAUACAACAAUGUACUGCCAACCAGAAGAAUGAUGAAUCCCAGAAUGUGUUGCUGAAGCAACUGUUGCAGACUACUACCACCGCCGCCGCCGUGGUCCCCGCGCGCGCCAUGACCAUACAGCGGACUGCGCCCGCGCUCGGCAGCAUACCUUCACUCGAAGCUCAGCUGGCGAGACCCUCGAUCCCACCACCCACUCUGACGUUAACGCAGGAAGUCGAAAUAGCAAAGAACUCGCCGCGGCAUAAUAUUAUAACCAGUAGCGUAGUGAACUCACCGUUCACCUCUCGGCCUAUACAAUCCAUUCCGACUUCCACCAUAUCGCCUUUGACACAAACUUCGACGCAAUCAUUGAUGGAUGUUCGCAAGCCACCUAUGAAGAUGAUGAGCAAAGAAGAAACUACACCUGUCCCUGAAAGUUCUCCCACGAUGAAGUCGAUGCAAAUGUAUCCAAUGAGUAUUGAAAAUCAGCAGCUUCAACAAGCUAUCAAGAAAGAAAUCGCUCCGCCUCAACAAAGUCCAGUUCACAGACCGUUUACACCUAUGGAUGUGAAGAAAGAGUUACUAGACGAGAGCUCUCAGCAGUCAGCCACUUCUGGUGUCUCGACAGCAUCCGAUCAGGGAAAACUUGACCAACCUAUGAAGGAAGAGUUUCCGGAGAGUGUCAACAUGGAUACGACAUCCGAGGUCAAUGCUCCAGAGACUCCGUCGGAAGCUAAGAAACGAAAGCGCCGAGAAUAUCAACAAAAGAAACGGAAGCAAUUACAAAUGAAUAUGAAGGCCGCUGCGGAAAAUAACUUGACUGCGGCCAACGCCAAGAAGAGGCCACGCAAGGGCUCUCGCUACGAAGAGGACUAUGACACGUUUAUUGACAACUUGAUGGCGCAGUUACGAUUGCUGCCUGCAAUGCAAAUUCAAGAACCAGCUCUGACUACUAACUUUGCUGUUUGCCCACUCUUCGGAUCCGGGGAUUUGACGAAAUUAAAAAAUAAAGACUAUGAUGUAUUAAAAGGAGAUUUAGUUGGCGAAUUUGGUAAUGCCAAGAUACCGAAUGUUGGAGAUUAUUAUAAUACAAAACCAUUUGGGGAAGAAGAACCCCUGCCUGAGAAACCACCAGCAUCUACUCAGAGAGGAUUUUAUGACCAAGAAUUCCAACCUAUCUUGUUUGAUGAUGAUCCAGAAGACAAGAAACUCGACUUUAUUUGUAAAGAACGCGACACAGACACGCCUGAUAGCAUCGUCAGCUGUUCCAGUCCUGAAUGUCUCGAAACAGAGCCACCAAACAGGUUCCCAGGUCUUAAAUUAAUUGACGAUGAAGAAGAAGAUGAAGAUAGUGACUCAGCAUCCGGAAGAAUAUCGCCUAUAAUUCCCAUAAUUGCUCCUGUCCCGAUCAGAGUGAAGCCAGUGUCAUUGUAUCAAUCGAAGGAUGAUGACGACAACAUGAAGGCGUUGAAGACACUAGACACAGAUGCCGCGAAGGUCAAGGGUGGAGAUUCACCCGGAAGUACGGAAACCAAUGAGAAUGUCACCGUGACGCUCACACUCACUUCGGGUGCAGCAGAAGAUAUUCUAGGUGUAUUAAAAGAGCUCGCCGGGAUUCUACACAUACCUCCACCCACAUCAUAUCAAAUUAUAGAAAGAACUGCAACUCCUCCAUCUCAUAAACUUGGCCUCUAUAGAUCUAAGGGUAAGGACGGAAAAGAAGGGACACCUAUUGAUAUUCAAAGUAUAUUAAAUGGCGCAGCUAAGUUCUGUCGCCAUUGUGACGUUGUUAUUUUAGACUCGGUCGUUAGAGCUAAAGCUUCAGAGUUUCCAUUACUAUCAGCUAACAAAGGCAAUGCUGAAGAAAUUCUGUGCGACAGUGAUUCAGAGCUUUACUUCUGUAGUACGCAGUGUUACGAGAGCUUCGCCUGGCGCCCUACUAAUAUUAUCCUCGACGGAAAGUCAAAGACUACCAUCAAAGAUGACAACAAGUCAGAUGCUGACACCAAUUUGUCGAAAGAUAGGGACGACUUCGAUACUGCAUCCACAGAAAGCAUGGAAACCGAUGACUUGGAUAUUAAACCAGACAUCAAGGAUGAGAAAAUGGACUUGUCGUUCAUGGAUUCCCUCGACAAUGACGAGCUGAUGAAAGAAGUAGGUGACGACGUCAGCGCACUCGAUGAAGACUUAAAGAGUGAACAAGACGAGAAGAGCAACCAGAGCAGCGAGAAGGAGAAGUAUAGAGGGGUGCGUUACAAGGCGUGGUCGCCGGGCUGCAUCGGGCCGCCCGUCAAGUACAAGCGGCCCACCGACAGGGAGCUCACCGAGCUCGUGUUUCGCACCGGCGUCGCCAUCAUGCCCGUCACCAACGAGGACGUGCGCCGCUGCGAGCUCUGCGGCAUACAGGGCGACGGCGUGGCCGACGGAGUCUCUCGCCUGCUCAACUGCGACGUCGACCGCUGGGUGCACCUCAACUGCGCGCUGUGGUCCGAGGGAGUGUACGAGACCGUCAGCGGCGCGCUCAUGAACGUGGAGACCGCGCUGGCGGCCGGCUCCAGCGCCACCUGCGCCGCCUGCCGCCGCCUGGGCGCCACCGUGCGCUGCUUCAAGGUGCGCUGCGGCAGCGUCUACCACCUCGGCUGCGCCGUCAAGGACAACUGCGUCUUCUACAAGAACAAGACGGCAUUCUGUAACUCGCACGCCCCCAAGAAUGAAAAAGACAACGAGCUGACGACGCUGAGCGUGCAGCGGCGCGUGUACAUAGCGCGCGACGAGCAGCGCCAGGUGGCGUCAGUGAUGCUCCACUCGGACACCAACCACUUGAUCCGCGUGGGCGGCCUGAUCUUCCUCAGCCCCGGACACCUGCUGCCGCAUCAACUCGCCGCCUUCCACACGCCCAACUACAUCUACCCUAUAGGAUACAAAAUCGUCCGGUUCUACUGGUCGAUGUCCCGCGCCAACAGUCGGUGUCGCUACCUGUGUUGGAUCAGCGAGGAGGCGGGGCGGCCUCGCUUCCACGUGCGCGCGCAGGACGAGCCGCGCGGGGAGACUGCCGCGCCCACUCCGCGCGCUGCAUGGGCCAACGUGUUAGAUGCUGUUGCGGCUCUACGCGAAGGUCGCAGUGAAGACGGAGUGCUUAAGCUAUGGCCCAAUUAUGUGACGGGAGAAGAUUUGUUCGGUCUUACUGAACCUGCCGUAGUUAGGGUUUUGGAAAGCUUACCAGGUAUCGAGACCCUGACAGACUACCGGUUCAAGUUCGGGCGGUCGGCGCUGCUGGAGGGCGGGCUGGCCGUGAACCCGUCGGGCUGCGCGCGCAGCGAGGCGCGUGCGCGCGCGUGGCGGCGCGGAGGCGCGCGCUCGCUGCUGCCGGCCGCGCCCGCGCCGCCGCCCGCCGCGACCACCCCGCCUGCCCCUACUCCAAGCAGUUCGUGCACACCAAGAGUUCGCAGUACAAGAAGAUGA